GUCGGGGGGGAGAGUAGACGUCAGGCGGAGGGAGGGAGGGAGGGAGGGAGACGGGGAGACGGGGAAGGAAGGGAAGGGGAGAGGAAGGGCGAGCGGCGCCGAGAUCGAAAGAGACCCGGGCGCGAGCUGGGGAGCGGGGAGAAUUGAGGCGGGGGGCGGGCCCAGAAGAAGGACCGGGAGGAGAGAGAAAGAGGCGCGGAGGAAGGGAAGUGAGUUUGUGCGCGUGAGUGUGCGCGUGUGUGCCGGCGGGCGGGCGGGGGGCGGGCUCCGGGCUCCCUCCUCCCAGCCCGCUCCUCCGCUCGCUCGCUCGCUCGCUCGCCAACUCGGGCCCCAGCCGCGGGCGGGCGCACGGCGGGCGGGCAGCAUGCUGAGCCUCCUCGUCUGGAUCCUCACUCUCUCCGACACUUUCUCCCAAGGGACCCAGACCCGCUUCAGCCAGGAGCCAGCUGACCAGACUGUGGUCGCCGGACAGCGGGYGGUGCUCCCCUGUGUGCUCCUCAACUACUCUGGGAUUGUGCAAUGGACCAAGGACGGGCUGGCCCUGGGUAUGGGCCAGGGUCUCAAAGCUUGGCCACGGUACCGGGUUGUGGGCUCUGCGGACGCCGGUCAGUACAACCUGGAGAUCACGGACGCCGAACUCUCUGACGACGCUUCCUACGAGUGCCAGGCCACGGAGGCCGCCCUGCGCUCCCGGAGGGCCAAGCUCACCGUGCUCAUCCCCCCAGAGGACACCAGAAUUGAUGGAGGCCCUGUGAUUCUGCUGCAGGCGGGCACCCCCCACAACCUCACGUGCCGAGCCUUCAACGCCAAGCCUGCAGCCACCAUCAUCUGGUUCCGGGACGGGACGCAGCAGGAGGGCGCUGUGGCCAGCACGGAACUGCUGAAGGAUGGGAAGAGGGAGACCACCAUCAGCCAGCUGCUCAUUAACCCCACAGACCUGGACAUCGGGCGCGUCUUCACCUGCCGCAGCAUGAACGAGGCCAUCCCCAGCGGCAAGGAGACUUCCAUUGAGCUGGAUGUGCAUCACCCUCCUACCGUGACCCUGUCCAUUGAGCCGCAGACGGUGCAGGAAGGCGAGCGUGUUGUCUUCACGUGCCAGGCCACAGCCAACCCCGAGAUCCUGGGCUAUAGGUGGGCCAAGGGGGGCUUCCUGAUUGAAGAUGCCCAGGAGAGCCGCUACGAGACCAACGUCGACUACUCCUUCUUCACGGAGCCCGUGUCUUGUGAGGUCCACAACAAAGUGGGCAGUACCAACGUCAGCACUUUAGUAAACGUCCACUUUGCCCCCCGGAUUGUAGUUGACCCCAAGCCCACGACUACAGACAUUGGCUCUGAUGUGACGCUCACCUGUGUCUGGGUGGGGAAUCCCCCGCUCACCCUCACCUGGACCAAGAAGGACUCAAACAUGGUUCUGAGUAACAGCAACCAACUGCUUCUGAAGUCGGUGACCCAGGCCGAUGCCGGCACCUACACCUGCCGGGCCAUCGUGCCUCGGAUCGGGGUGGCUGAGCGGGAGGUGCCACUUUACGUGAAUGGGCCCCCCAUCAUCUCCAGCGAGGCGGUGCAGUACGCUGUGAGAGGCGACGGUGGCAAAGUGGAAUGCUUCAUAGGGAGCACUCCACCCCCGGACCGCAUCGCUUGGGCAUGGAAGGAGAACUUCCUAGAGGUGGGGACCCUGGAACGAUACACGGUGGAGAGGACCAACUCGGGCAGCGGGGUGUUGUCCACACUCACCAUCAACAAUGUCAUGGAGGCCGACUUCCAGACCCACUACAACUGCACGGCCUGGAACAGCUUUGGGCCCGGCACAGCCAUCAUCCAGCUGGAAGAGCGAGAGGUGUUACCUGUGGGCAUCAUCGCGGGGGCCACCAUCGGCGCAGGCAUCCUGGUCAUCUUCUUCUUCAUUGCCUUGGUAUUUUUCCUCUAUCGACGCCGCAAAGGCAGUCGUAAAGAUGUGACCCUGAGGAAGCUGGACAUCAAGGUGGAAACYGUGAACCGAGAGCCACUCACCAUGCAUUCUGACCGGGAAGACGAUACUGCCAGCGUCUCCACGGCCACCCGGGUCAUGAAGGCCAUCUACUCGUCCUUUAAGGAUGAUGUGGAUCUGAAGCAGGACCUGCGCUGUGACACCAUCGACACGCGGGAGGAGUAUGAGAUGAAGGACCCCACCAAUGGCUACUACAAUGUGCGCGCCCACGAAGACCGUCCGUCCUCCAGGGCAGUGCUCUAUGCUGAYUACCGCGCCCCUGGCCCUGCCCGUUUUGAUGGUCGCCCCUCAUCCCGUCUUUCCCACUCCAGCGGCUAUGCCCAGCUCAAUACCUACAGCCGGGCCCCCGCCUCUGACUAUGGCCCGGAGCCCACAGCCGCUGGCCCUGCUGCCCCUGCGGGCACCGACACCACCAGCCAGCUGUCCUACGAGAACUACGAGAAGUUCAACUCCCACCCCUUCCCCGGGGCAGCUGGGUACCCCACCUACCGACUGGGCUACCCGCAGGGCCCACCCUCCAGCCUGGAGCGGACCCCGUACGAGGCGUAUGACCCCAUCGGCAAGUACGCCACGGCCACUCGGUUCUCCUACACCUCUCAGCACUCGGACUACGGCCAGCGGUUCCAGCAGCGCAUGCAGACUCACGUGUAGGGGCCAGACCUGGCGGGGGCAUCUCUGCGGGGCAGAGGAGAAGGCUUCUCACAGCUGUUCCCUGAUAUUCAGGGGCGUUGCUAAUUGCUCCCUUCUUGGACCAGCCUUCCUCCUCCCACCAAGGCAGGUGGGGAGCAGGUCUCCCAGAAACACCCCGUCCCGAGGAUGGUGCUCUGCGCAUGCCCCAGCCUCCUGGGCCUGCCCUUCCCUCUUCUUCGGGAGGUUGUGUCUCUUGCGACCUGUGCCCUUGCUGACCCCAGCACGGGGACAGGGAAAGUCAAGGUUGCGGAGAACAGAGGGGGCACUUUUUAGCAUUCCCUUUCUAUCCCGCCCCUCUGGUCUCCCAUAAACAGGCAGGGGGUUGGCAGGCUUUGACCUAGGGGACAUUUAAGGAUGGGAGUGGGUGGCUCUAGCACAGACAGAUGGAAAACAGGAUAGCCCACCCAGUCCCUUUGUUUGCUCUCUUGUCUUGGGUGCAUCUGUCCCUCAGGGCACUGCCGAAGGGACCUUGGGUUCAUGUUGGCUCUUGUCUAUAGAACAGCCCUGGGAGCCUUGGCUCAGCUGGGAUCAAAAUGUCAGUCACCCUAGCUGCCACUGUGGAUAUCUGUYAGGGUGCAGCGGGAUCAAGUUGCAGGUGUGGUGGAGAAGGAAAGGUCAGGUCCGUGUCCUGAUGGAUCAGCGAGAGACCACUGUGCGCUGCUGCUGCUGCGUGGCAGUUCCCAGAACCCACACUAGAGGGAGGCACUCGAGCCCCGUUUUCUGCCCCACUUCCUGGCUUUGACUCUUGAGCCUGCUUGGGGAGUAAGUAGUAGGUUGAGAUAGAGGUGUUGCAAGCUAUUUUGCAAAGGCAACAACAACAACAACAACAAAAAAUGAUGAAAACCUCAUCUGGAAAGAAGCUGUAGGGGUUACCUCGCCCAAAUACAAGUCCCAGUGGAAAGAAAAAGGGAUACCUGUUCUUCUCCACCAAGUUCCCGACACCCUCCAUUACCCUUUCAGUCUCUAAGCACUUUGAAUUCAUUUUAUACAUUCAGGUGGUCCAGGUGGGCUCCAACAGGGUUAGGGAAGGGCAUGGGUCUCUGACUCUGCUGUCUUACCCUAAGCCCCACCAGCUGCUUAGGGCCCACCUCCCAGAGGGCCGGGAGAGGUUCUCUCUAGGAAAGUUCUGGUUUAAGUGUCUUUUUUCCCUCCUUGGACCAAUCCGACUCCUUCCUCCACUUCAGUGCCUUGAGUGUCUAGCUUUGGGUGACCGUCCCUGUGUGGGCAGGGAGCGGUACUUGGGAAGCUCCAGACAGGCUGUCAAGGGUUACCGUGUCAGAGGAGAGUGAGGGGAGAGGACCUGGAGGGAAAGGAGGCCUGGAGAUGGCCCUGAGGGGGAGCUCAGCGCUGACCCGGGUGGAGGAGGAGGCAUGGAAGGGCACUGCGGGCAUUCCAAAGCCCAUGCUCUCGUCCCACCCCCACGUGCACCCGCGCCCACGCACAUUCCAUGCCAUCACUUCUCAGCUGCCACCUUCUGACCAAAGAGAACAGGCAUCCCAAAGAGAAUCGGUACCCUUGCCCGGCCUUGUCUGCCCGAGGAGCUGCGUCUGCAGCUUGCCUCCUCCGCCCAUGGCCAGCCCRAUGGGAGGGGGACUCCGGUGCAAUUCCCAGAAUGCUCCUUGCCCUUUCUCGGUGGUCACCAUUCAUUAGUCAUGUUCGCUUUAAUGAGUUACAUGCUCAUCAGCCACGGGCCAUCACCACCCCUUGCAGAUGGCUCCGUGGGGUGACAUUCCUAGACACCCUCUCACAGGUGAAGACUAAGUCAGACCCCGGAAGCCAGCAGCUGCAGUUCCAGCCUGCCCCUGUGUCCUCUGCCACUUGAGCCGGACAGUCCCUGCAGAAUGGGACCUACCUGGGGUAUUUACGGCUUCCUGCUGUAUCCCACCCCUGGAAGCUCAUACGGUCCUACGGAGUCCUCAUGGGAGCACAGAGAGAAGGCUUUAAGAAUGCAGGUUCCUGUGCAGAUAAAUUUGUGCAAAUUUUUCAUAGGCACCAGCAGCUAUGGCUAAUCUAAACAAUUGAAGCCUAAAUAGGGUUACCUUUAAAACAGGAGAAUUCAAGGUAUUCAAUUGUGUUUGGGAAUUGGGCUUUUCGGUUUUAACUGUGGAAACCUGCAUGGUGGACCAAGUGGGAUAGCUUUUCUAGGGAGGAGAAGAUGCCCUUGAUCCCAGAGCUCUGUUAUCUGAAGCUAUAGUCCCCAACAUUGCAUUGCCCCAGGACUUGGCAAUCCUGAUUCCCUUGGACAUUACCAUCCCAGUGGGAAGGGCACGGGGCUAGUGGUCAGGAGAUCCAGGACCCAGUUCCGGUGCUGGGUUCAUUCACAGAGUGGCCUGGCCUAACCUCUGUGUUCAUUGCCUCCAACUUUCUGUCCUGCGAGAUGAGGGGAGAGCGUUACACAAACCUGAAAGGAUUCCGUUUUGGCUUUGUUCACCUGAGGAGGUGCCAUGCAGGGCUGUGCAUCCCUGGCAAGGAGUUGGGAGCAGUCAGCAAUCUGUGAGGGUUGGGGAGCUCAGGGGUUCUCCCCUACUGAAAGAAGCUUUCACCAUGUGCUUCAUUAUCUUGUCAGAAGUGUUGUGAAUUAAUUUCCACCAGAAACCCCUUUAUUACAAGCAGCAACAGCUACCCUAGUUAUCUGUGUUGCUUCCCACUUGAUUCUGACAGGUUUGCAAAGAGAUUCUGUGGCUAGAGAAGGGCAUAGUGGGUUUCCUUUAGUUUGCUCCCAGGUGACAGGCAUCUAUUUCUUGGUGGGGAGUGGUAAUUGGUCCUCGAAACACUCCUAUGGUCCGAAGAAUAACUCCUCCUGCUUACUGAACAAGAUGAAACCUGCAGUCCAGAUGUUUCGAGCUGGGCUGGGAGUGGGUCCAGCUGACCUCUCCAUGAGGGAGCGGGUGGGGGAAAGAGGAGGCAAGUGGUUUUGACAUAAGCUUUGGGUCCCAAAAAGGUUCUUAUUACCUUGGAUGAGCCAUGGUCUCUCUGCUUGUGAAGGGCCCAGCCUGCAUCCUAAAUCCUGGGUCCCUCAAAGUGUAGCCAUCGAGUUUGCAUGAAACAAAACUCAUCGUAGUGAGAAAGGACAGUAGUACCAGGCAUGAGAGCAGUGCUAGGUUCUCAAAUAUCGAGCUUGGAAUGGAAGGUUAGUUUGACCACCCUGUCGGCCAGCGAUACUUAUCCAGCAGUUUCUGCUUUCCUUACGAUUUUGAGGGAGGCUUCYUCUGCCUUUCAGGAUGGAGCACAUGGCAGGGGAGUCUCUUGCCCUCCACUUCUGUGGUGAACCUGCAGACACUGUCAGGAGCAUCACGUCCCGGGCUCCUUAGAGUCAGAUGGCCACAAACACGGUACACCUGGACACACACAGCAAUGUUAGCCCAGUGGGGUGUGUGGAAACCAAGGUUAAGGCCAAGACCCCAACUGGGAGUGAGCUGACUUGGUCACAACCUUACUCUUUGCUGUGUGGGCGGUUUGUCCCGAUGGCUGAACUGCAGGACCUCCCAGAGCCGCCCUGGGCUCGGAAACCCUGGUUCUCUAUCAUUUCAGUUCUGUGUGACCUGAGGCAGGUCACUGCUCUGUGCCUCUGCAGCCCAUUCUGCAUGUCCAGGGAGUCACCGGAGAGAACUAGUCAGGCUCCUGACCCUAGUGAGCCCAGAGAGGGUGUCACGAGGGGACACUGAGGCGCACCGGCAAACCAGCGUCACUACGCAUG